AUGAAACCAGAAAAYCAAUCAGGUGUCUCAGRAUUCCUCCUCCUGGGACUCUCAGAGGACCMAGAMCUGCAGCCCYUUCUCUUUGGACUGUUCCUGUCCGUGUACCUGGUCACAGUGCUUGGGAACCUGCUCAUCAUCCUGGCCAUCWKCUCUGACUCCCACCUCCACACCCCCAUGUACUUCUUCCUCUCCAACCUGUCCCUCACUGACAUCRGUUUCAGCACCAGCACAGUCCCUAGGAUGCUGGUGAACAUCCAGAGACAGAGCAAGACCAUCAGUUACGCAGGCUGCCUCAUCCAGGUCUGCUUUGUCCUGAUCUUUGCUGGAAUGGAAAACUUUCUCCUUGCAGCAAUGGCUUAUGAUCGUUACGUGGCCAUCUGCCAUCCACUCAGAUACACAGUCAUCAUGAACCCCCGCCUGUGUGUCCUGCUGAUUCUCUUGUCCUUGACCAUCAGCAUGGCAGAUGGCCUCCUGCACAGUCUGAUGGUGCUGCGACUGUCCUUCUGCACAGACCUGGAGAUCCCCCACUUCUUCUGUGAACUUGAUCAGGUCAUCAAGCUGGCCUGUUCUGACACCCUCAUCAAUAACAUYCUGGUAUAUGUAGUGACUAGCGUKUUAGGUGGUGUUCCUCUCCUUGGGAUUAUUUACUCUUACAUCAAAAUAGUCUCCUCUAUUCUGAGGAUGCCAUCAUCUGGGGGAAAGCAUAAAGCCUUUUCCACCUGUGGGUCUCACCUGUCUGUUGUCUCCUUGUUCUAUGGGACAGCUUUUGGGGUCUACAUUAGCUCUGCAGUGACAGAUUCAACCAGAAAGAGUGCAGUAGCUUCACUGAUGUACACUGUGGUCCCUCAGAUGCUGAACCCCUUUAUCUACAGCCUGAGGAACAGAGACAUGAAGGAGGCCUUGAGGAARCUCAUUGGAACAUCUCCUUUCUUGAGACWGUAG